UUCACCACAACCAGUAUUUCGUUGCUGUGGCUCAUCAUGAUAGCGAAGGCUCUUCUGCUUCUGCAUCUCCUGCUGCAGCUUUCUCCGACAGGAACCUCUGAAAGCAGUAUUAUCGGAGGGAGGAAGGCCAAACCCCACUCCAGGCCCUACAUGGUCUCUCUUCAGAGAGACACAAGUCAUUUCUGUGGGGGGUUUCUCAUCCGGGAGGACUUUGUCCUUACUGCUGCCCACUGUUUCAGCUCCGAACCUGUGACAGCAGUUCUAGGAGCUGAAAACCUACAAAGGAUGGAGAAGAAAUGUCAACAGAGGAUUCCAGUCAGAAAAAGUUACAAGCAUCAAAUCAAUCAGAAAGCCCCAUUGGAUUUUGAUAUCAUGCUUUUGAAGCUCCAGCGCAAUGCCACUCUGAACAAGUACGUGAACGUCAUUCCGCUGCCUGAGAAAGGGGAAACCGUGCCAGCAAACACCAAGUGCCUGAUGUCCGGAUGGGGGAGGAGAAAACCUGACGGUCUGGCUGAACACUUCCUACGCGAUGUGACGCUCAGAGUCCAGAGCAACGAUGAUUGCCGAAAUGAUUGGAAGAAAUACUUUGUUAGAAACAGAAUGAUGUGCACACAUUUUGAUGGCAAGGGAAUCUGUCAGGGAGACUCCGGAGGACCUCUCAUUUGUAACAGAAAAGCCCAUGGGAUAGCUUCCUUCACUGACACGCCAUGCGACAAAAAGGUUGCAAAUGUGUACAUGAAAGUGUCAUACUUUAUUCCCUGGAUAGAAGAAAACAUGCGCAACUGAUAAAACAAGCACUUGUUAUUUUUACAGUUAAAAUACAAGUUUUAGAUUCUAGAUUUAGAUAUUCUGACUAUUAUUAAAACUUUUUUUGCAAUCUAAA